CUUUUUUCUUUUUUGAAAGUUCUUUUUCCUCAAGCAUUGGAAUAGAGCAGUCCGCUAUAAAUAAACACAUCCUUAAAAUUGACAAUUCUAUACUCAUAAAAAGUUUUAAAUUUUUCUUUCAGAGCUAAUUAAAGUAUUCUAAUUCAAGUAGACAAAACGACACCGUUCUAACUAGUGAACAUUGAAAAAAGAAAAACAGAAAAAGGCGCUUUCUUUCUCAUCUGUAAACCAAAACAUGAGACUUGAAGAAGAAGAAGAAACUGAAUAGAGAAGGAGGAGUAACCAAAAUGCAGGAUCCGAAUCCAAAACCAAACCCAACACAAGAGACCCAAAUCUUUCCUCCACAUCAACAUCAACAUCAACAGCAGCAGCAACCCUUUUCAUUCCACCGCCGAGCACACUCAGAAGUCCAUUUCAGACUACCAGAAGAUCUGGAUCUUGUACCCGACCCAUUUGAGGGUCCGUCCGGGAGCUCAUUUGAUGAGCUUGGAUCUGAAGAUGACAUCUUUUGCGCUUACAUGGGCAUUGAAAAGCUUGGAUCCAGACCUCAAGAAGGCUCUUCUUCUGCUCUCAAUAUUGACAAUGGUGAUGGCGGGCUCCACGUGCCAUCUGAGGUCGAUGCGGAUAAAAAUGCGAGGCCACGUCAUCGUUAUAGUAAUUCUGUUGAUGGCUCUUCCAUGCUGGAGUCUAUUGAGGCUAAAAAAGCUAUGGCUCCUGAUAAACUUGCUGAGUUGUGGUCUCUUGAUCCUAAACGAGCUAAAAGGAUUAUAGCAAAUCGGCAGUCUGCUGCUCGGUCAAAGGAGAGGAAAGCCCGCUAUAUAUCAGAACUUGAAAGAAAAGUGCAGACCCUUCAGACAGAAGCAACAACACUUUCUGCCCAACUCACACUAUUCCAGAGAGAUACAACAGGACUGACUACUGAGAAUACAGAGCUUAAGCUUCGGUUGCAAGCCAUGGAACAACAGGCUCAUUUACGUGAUGCUCUGAAUGAUGCACUAAAGAAGGAAGUAGAGAGGCUCAAGUUUGCGACUGGAGAAAUGAUGACACCAACAGAUAGCUAUCAUCUGGGAAUGAACCAUAUGCCAUAUACCCAAUCUUCCUUUUUUCCACCCCAGUCGCAACCAAGGCCAGUUAACACCCAAAACAUGCAAAUGCCACAGUUUCAUCCUUUCCAGUCUAACAUGUUAACUUCACAUCAGGCUAUUGCUGCCCCGUCUCAUUCACAUGCCUUCCCAGAGAUGUUGCCACUGGAUCCUCUUGGACGAUUGCAGGGGCUUGAUAUUGGUAGCAGAAGCACUGUUCUAGUGAAAUCUGAAGGCCCCUCAAUUUCUGCCAGUGAAAGCAGCAGCAUUUGAUGCAAAAUUUGCUGAUCUACACUUCACCCCGUUCGUAUUUUAUCAAAAUGUUUAUAGACUGACCGUUUUGACAGCUUAAGGUAAUAUUCUUUUGGGUGCGAUUUUUUUUCUCGAGUGGGAUUUUUUGGUCUUUGGUUCAUCAGCUCUUCAAGAUAUUCGUCAGAUUUUCUCCGUUACAACUUACAAAUCAAAUUUGUAAUUCUUGGGGGGUAAUCAUGCUGGAAUAGAAGUUUGUUCCUGGCAGAGAUGCUCCCUGUUAGAUUCUUUGUUACUGCUCAAAAUUUGUAUUGCUCAGAAAAAUGAAAUUUUUGAUUUUCCGUGUAUUUCAACAGAUGUUUUGUCUCUCAUUUUAAGAAUAGCUACUUGUAAUGCUUUUGAUUACAGUAGUAAUUCCUUUGAUGGUUGCAACUCCUUAUGAAUAAUUUACGAGUGUAGAAGUUUUGUAAUGGAUAGCACGAGAAGGUUGAUUC